AUGCCUGACCCCUCCACCUCACUGCUCGCAACCAUCCGCACAGCGCUCGACGCCUCACCACCUGCAGUUGCACAACCGGGCACUCUACGGCUCCACACGCUCUUCUCCAUCCCACGCCAGGUCAAGUCGCUCUACCCACUCGCACACAUCCAUCCCACCGAUUUAGAAUACAACAAGAAUGCUGCUUCCAUUGGCGCCUUGGAGGAGCAAAUCUUCAUCACUGCCAGCUGGUCACCUCUCACCCAAGCCAAUGCGCCGCCACCCGACUCAGACGCUCGCGACGAGACUGAACACACCGACAAUUCGCCACUUCUGAUAUUGGCCAUGGAACUUUACCUCUACACCAUCCCUGAAUUCGGCUCAGCCGUGCUGUAUGUGUCCAAACUCGAUUCGAGCGGCUACGCUCCCCAAUCCAUCCCCACACCACUCAGGCAGGCUGUGUCAACGCACGUCUUUACCCACAAACCAAAGCUCUUCGGCAACACAUUGACAGCAACACUCAGCUCGGCUAUCACACAGCACUUUACGUCGUUCCGACAUUGGGACUCAACUGCGCAGGCAAGCGCGGCUGUUAACGUCUCGCAUCUCUCCGUCCACAUCCUAGCACGCAGCCAGAGAGCCUACCUGUUUCCCUCGAGUCCAGAAAACCCCAACAAGAAAGUUCUCUCGGAUGCAGCACUCAUCAAGUGGUGGAGAGCCGUGAUGUCAGACGUGGUGGUUGCUACCCGAGACGAGACAUCGCCCAUACGCGCUGCCGAUUUCAAGCGCCAGCUCAUCAAUGCAAGAGCCUACUAUGUGAUUCCAGGAUAUACCAAGCUGGAAUCUCACCCAUUGGUGCCGUUGGCUCGCCAAGAUUCGUCCGACAGCACCACGCAACCACCUAGUUCAGAUCAAGUUCUCCGACAGGCAAAUUGGACUUACGGCCAUCCGUAUAGCUCGAAUGGCGCGCACUGUAGCGAAUCCGACCUUCCGCCUCUUCCUCUUCACUGGCAUGCUUCUUCCUUUUGCCUCCGCGAGUCCGACAACCAUGUCACAACCGUGCAGACUGAUCCAAGUAAGGAUGAUUACAAUCCGAAACGCGUUCGCACAGUGCCGACGCUAAUGCCGCACUUUUGCGAUGAUCCUAAAACUCGUUUCCUCGACGAAAUGGCUCGAGAUGCACACGAACAUUCGGGCUGGAAGGUGAAAACCACGUCUACUGCGUCUACUGCGUCUACUGCGUCUACUACUGCCAGCAAUGGUGCCGUCGACGAUAACGUCGCAGCAGCUCAGCAGAAUGGUAGCAAGGACCAGAUCGAUGAUCUACAGUUGAUUCGGCAAGAGCAGCAUUCUCCACAAGAUCGCACCAACAAGCGUGCUGCCAAAGAUUCGGAUUGGCAAGACAAGGCUGAUAAACGAACCAAGACGCAGGGCGCAGCAGCAUCGUGUGUCAGUACGACGACUGCGUCAGGAGUACCGCUCAUCACGCUGCGCGCGCUGAUGCGCGAGCGACAAGCCAUGGACGAUCUACCGAUCGACGAAUUCUGGGAACGUAUGGGGUUCCGCCAAGAAUGUUGCUCCGGUAAUGCGGUCGGUGUUCUCGUGAUCCUUUUCACGCGUCAACCCACACGUGGUGCUUCGAGCUCGUCGCACUCCUCGUUCUCGCUCGAGAGACAACCGCUUUCGUUGCCGUACAAAGUACUUGGCGAUCUCGUCUUCAGGUCUCUGAUGAAAGACUCAUGCGAAUGGAACAAGCUAGCGUGUGCACGACAGUUGACCGAAAACUGGUUCCAAGCCGUCAAUCGCGAGGUCAAGCGCAAAGGUGGUCUCACCCAAUUCAUGCAAGAUGCAGGCAACCAAGACGAGCACGCGGUCCUGGUGGGAAAGGGUACAAUCUGGGACGACUUUGUGUUGCACGCACCGACGCAGCACCAGAUCGAUAGCGUCAAGCAACACAUGCAGCACAAACCAAACAGCAGUGCAGCAGCAUCACCCGUCGCAUCAACCAAUAUGCUCAGUGUCAAACGCAAGAAGAAGCCCGUCAGCUAG